CACAGAAGAGAGACAGAGAGAGACAUGCACACAUAAACAUACCCAACCAGUGAGGGAGUGAAGGGAAGCAAGCAAGCAAGGCAGACGGGUGGAGAAGACAGUGGACAAGGUAUCUGCAGCCCUCUCAUUGGAAUUAUACAGCCUGAAGCCAGCAUGGUUGUCCUUAGCUGCAUUGCUUUGGGAUUUUAUCUUCAGCUCCUUUUCUGCUUUGCUUUAUCUCAGACCUCUUUUGUUGACAGUGUCUUCUCAAUUUCAGCCGCCCUGCCUUGCCUGGACCAGAAGAAACGGAUUAUUAAUAAUAACCGAGCAUGCUGUCUCCUUGCCCUUCCUCCUCCUCCUCCACCACCACCACCACUGCUAUUUCCCCCAUCACCAUUCAGACAGGAAUGGAAUUCCAUUUUGCUAUCAAUGGAUCUGAAAAACUUAUGCCAAGAUCUUCAGAUAAUACAGUCUCCAUGUGUAGAAACUGUGUGUCCUCCAGGGCCUCCAGGCCCCCAGGGCCCACGAGGUAUUCCUGGUAUGAAGGGACCAAAAGGGGGGAAAGGUGAGAUUGGCAGACCAGGAAGAAAGGGUAGUCCAGGUCCUCCAGGUAUCCGUGGAAUGCCGGGGCCUCUUGGAUGGCCUGGUCCAAUGGGCCCUAAGGGUGAAAAGGGAGAUUUAGGUUUGAUGGGAUUGCCAGGUUCAAGAGGACCGGUGGGCUCCAAGGGUUACCCUGGAAGCAGAGGAGAAAAGGGAGCUCAAGGAGAGAAGGGUGCCAAAGGCAGCAAAGGUGACAAGGGAUAUAUCGGCUUCCCUGGAAUGCUGGGGCAGAAGGGAGAAAUGGGUCCAAAGGGGGAACCUGGUGCAUCGGGGUACAGAGGUCCGACUGGAAGACCUGGAAAACGAGGCAAACAAGGGCAAAAGGGAGACACUGGACCUCCUGGAACUGCAGGUCCAACUGGCAGGCCUGGUCCUCCUGGCCAGCCUGGUCCACCAGGACACUUCGUAUCAGGGCAACUGACAAUGGGGCCAAAAGGGGAAAGAGGGCUUCCUGGGCCACCAGGGAAUUGUCUCUGCAACCCACAGCAAAAUGUGAAUAUCCCACGAUAUGAAGAACCACCAUUUGGACAGACCUAUUCAAUAGUUCCUGCAAUUUUUGUAGUGAAUAACCGGGAAGAAUUGGACAGACUAAACACAGAAUAUGCCCUAGCCUUUCGAAGAGAUCAAAGAUCAUUGUACUUCAAAGAUACUUUUGGAUGGCUUCCAAUCCAGUUUGCACCUUUCUAUCCUGGGGACUACCAAAUAGAAGAUGGCAGCACAUGUGGAGAUGGAGUCCUACAAGAUGGGGAAGAAUGCGAUGAUGGCAAUACCAUCGUAACUGAUAACUGUAUAAGGUGCCGCCAUGCUUACUGUGGGGAUGGCUACCGACACGAAGGUGUAGAAGACUGUGAUGGCAAUGAUUUUGGAUAUUUAACAUGUAGAACAUAUCUCCCAGGGUCUUAUGGAAAACUACGAUGCACUUCUUAUUGCUAUAUUGACUCUACAGAAUGUCGAUAUUUUACAUGAAGGGUGAGCGGUGGUGAGUGAGUAUAUCUCACAUAGGACAUCCAUUCAGCGGGUGCUAUGUUGUCAUCAAAUCAAGGCCAGGCAAUAGACAAGCAAACAACUGUGUAACGAAACGACUUGUGUCAUGUUGCUAUGGUGAUCAGAGAUGUCUUUUCAAUUGACUCACACUGGAAGAAAAUAGGACCACCGCAUUCUGUCUUAGUAGAAAAAUGUCAGAUAACAUUUAUAGUUAAGACUUAACUUUUCCAUGGCUGCUUACAGGAAUUCCCUUGUGCAACAAGAACAAAACCAAAUCACUGGAACACUGUAUUUUACGUCUAUGCUGUUACUUCAUAAGAAUACAAUAAUACCUCAACUUAGAACUGUUAGUCCUACAAAUAAGCUCUUCAGGUUCUUCUUUUUAACAAAGACUAUUCCAGUAUAAACACCAAGCAUAUUCUGAUUGCUGUGUUUAUAAAGACUAUUUAGGGGUUUCUUGUUUUUGUUUUUACUACUUUUGUAGUACUUUGUAUGUGGUUUUAGGUUUCUAUCCUAUACCCAUUUUCCAAGGAAUAAGUCUAACUGAAUUCAAUGGGAUUUAGUUCUGAGUAGGCAUUCAUUGGAUUGUACUGUUAGUUGGAUAAAAUACACUUCCAAAUGUACAAGAAACCUCCAGUUUUUGCAUUGACUUGGAGCAAUUUAGACUGCAGUCCAAUACUGGAUUCACAUCUGAAUACAGAUGCUUAAGAUUGUGCUGAUAGUUAAAACGAUGUUGACCAGAUGAGGAAAUGAUCAGUUUUACUUAGAAAGAGAAAUUAUAUAAAAUAUAAGAUGUAAAUAACCUGGUUUAUAUCCAGAGUGACUGAAAUGGAACCAUUCCAGUGGGUGUCACAUGUUACCCACAGAAUAGGUCAACAAACUUCCAGCGCCCCUGGAAGGGAGUCCCUCUAGAUUCGAAGAUUAAAGAUUAAGGAAGAUUAAGGGCCCAUUCCUAUCCGAGUGUACUCAGAUAUAAGUCCCAUUAGGAUCAGUGGAUCACAGUCCUAUCCAGGAAAUCAUGGAUAAGUGCACAGCCUAAUUCAACAAUUCUUUACUAUGAGAUAAGCAUUUGCAGAAAAUUGCCCCAUGCGGAAUAUGUUCCUGCUGUCUUGUGCAUCAUGUUCCUGUCCAGUUUUUAAAGCUAACAGUAACAAAACUUGUGUAAAUAUGCCUGGAACUUGCAUUUUUGAUUAUGCAUCAGAAUGGAAGGCUGCAUUUUGAAACUGAAACUGAGGUUGUGUACUGAUUCUCAGAGUAGACUGAUUAAAAUCAGUGGGAUUUCAGUUAGUCAUAACCAACUGAAGUCCCAUUGAACUGAAUGGGUCCAAUCCGAGUAAGAGUAAAUCUGGAUCCAAUCCUACCACUGGAAAACUGCUACUACCAACUUUCAUUUAACUUACAUGGCAGAAAUUGUUACAUCAUCUGCUUUCUUAUGUAUCAUAUCAUAACUGGUUUCCUGUUUAGCAAUUGUUUUCCAGUCUCAGCUUUGUAUGACAUCAGUAUUACUGUGUAUAUACUCCUACUUGUAUAGCCUAUAUGUGUCAUCCCAUAGAAUAUUACCUAGACUAUAUGCUGUAUAGAUUUUAUUUAUAUAUAUGCUGAGGCAGUGGCGGGGCGGCGGGGGGCACUUCCAAAAAGUUUGGUCAGAUGAUUAUCAUUGAGAAUAUUUGAGUUAUUUCCUUAUUUCCUUUGUGGCUGACAAUAAAGAGCUAAUUUCAUGUUGGAAGUAUGUCAAAUGCAACACAAAUUGGAGUUACCUUAAAUUUCAUGUAAAUUCCUCAUAGAGUGAGGAUGAAUUCAGAAAAAUGAAGAUAAUUCGGUCUUUCCUAUCUGCCCUUAAUGGUCUGAAAUGUCUGUUUGAAAUACAUAAAUACAUGUAUAACAAUUCUUAUUAUAUUCUGUUACUUCCAUAGAUGCUGAGUAAGGAGGAUGCAACAUAAUUAUAAUAAAAAUCCUAUUAAAACCA